AUGAGAUUUGCCUCUUUAUUAUUAUCCAUUGGAUUGUUGAUCCCCGCUUGUUUGGGUGUGCGAUAUGAAACUUUGACAUCUAAGUACAAGAAGAACAUCCUUAAGAUUACCGAUGCUAACUACCAAAAUCUUUUAAACAACGAGGAUUUUGACAUAGUACUGUACCUGACCGCAUCCAGCCCACAGGUUGGUUGCGUUUUAUGCAAUGAGUUCCAGCCUGUAUUUGAGCAGCUCGCCGCCUCAUUUUACGAGAAUCUCGAAACGCAUGGUCUUGGUUCUGAUGAUACAAAGUUGAUCUUUGCGUACUCUGAUUUUCCAGACUCUAGAAAGCUAUUUCAACAAUUGGCACUGAACAACGUCCCGAAAGUAUACUACUAUAAUGCACAGCAAGGAAUUGGUCUGAAACCAAGUGAUGAGUUCAUGUUUAUGAGCACCGAUCUGCUCUCUACAUUGACCAGCUGGUUGGUGGCUAAGACGCACCUAAGCCCCGAACUAUUCAAUCUAAGAACCAAAGUCAAUUAUACUGAGCUUUUGUUAACAUUUUGCAUCGUUUUCGGACUCGGAGUGACCAUCAUACUUAAUUAUAAAAGGGUUCUAGCCAUCAUUACCAACAAAAGAGGCUGGCAGGCGCUUAGCAUCUUACUUGUCAUUCUGUUCACAUCUGGUUACAUGUUCAACCUUAUUAGAAAUACACAGUACAUUCGUACAAACAAAGAUGGUUCCAACAUCUAUUUCAUAGGCGGACACCAAGCACAACUGGGAGUUGAAACACAGAUUAUUUCGGUCAUCUAUGGAUUAUUCUGCGCUGGUAUGGUGAUCCUGGUGGACUUGUUCAAGAAGUUUGACAAUGCCAAACUGAGAUUGUUUAGUUCCGUUGGAUUAUCUAUUGCUCUUUUCGUUUUAUACAGCAUUCUCGUGACUUGUUUCCAUGCCAAAAAUACAGGCUAUCCUUAUUGGCUUCUCAAGUUCUGA